AUGGCGGCAAUCUCUCAGGAACUCUCACUGCCGUCAGAAUGGCGGAAGGACGGCGAUGGUUCCCUGUCACGCCGGCUCAAGGGCUUCGAAGUCGUCAUCAAUAUGAUCGAGUUUCACCAGUCAGGCAAUUGUGAGCUGAUCAUCACAGGAGAUUUGGAAUCAUCCAUGACGCCGGACGAACUUGAGCACAGCAUCUAUCCAGCCUGGGUCAAAACUCGACAGCAACAUCCCAUGGUUGGCGUACGUCUUCCGUCCGACGACCUGUCGAAUGCUGUGUUCGCCCCGUUUGAAACGGCUCUUGACGCCCAAGAAUGGUGCGAACAGACUAUUGUCAUCGCAAAAGAUGAUCUCACCAUGAGGGAGGUUGCAGAUAGAUGCAAAGCUACGCCACUUGACAGAAACACAGGACGCUUGCCUCAAAUACACCUCGUCAGUCGACCUUUCUCGGGGACCCAGGGCAUCGUACUUCACUCUUCCCACGUGCUCUCAGGACACUUUGUGAUGACUAUACUAGAAGAGAUAGCAAGACAGCUUGUACAGGACGACUGUACAGGGGGUGUACAGGGUGUCUUCCGAAAAGAGGUACCCGAGGAUCUGAUUGAGCGCCUCCCCAUCAGCGCGGUUUAUGCCUACGAGCAGGCAUCACACAUCCCCACCCCCACGCAACAAGACAUUUCGAGCCUCGCCGCCCGUCAAGCUCAGAACGCCCAAGUCGCGAUGGAGAGAGUCAGUGUUGGACCCUCUGUCAGAGAUGACUGGCACGGGCAGAAUUCGCGUAUGCAAAGCUACUUCAAAGACUUUCCACAGUCCACUCUUGCUUCACUGAAAGCCGCGAUGCGUCAGGACCGUGUCACCAUGACCGCCGCCUACUGGGCUUGCAUCAUCCUUGCCUCGCUCGACUUCUCUACGGCUGAACAGCUGCAAAAGGCCAACGGAGUCGAGUGUCUCUUCAGCACGCAUACGAGGCGCUGGUUUCAGUCUCCAAACACGGCACCAAUUACCAUGGGUGUCAUUCCUUCGAGCUUUUGGCUCGAUAAGGGCGAACUUGAGGGGCAGGCAAAGGAUCGCAAGAUGCUGACACGGGUCGCUCAACGUGUAAUGACCGCGCAAGAGGCGGCAAUAGAGUCUGUUCACAUCCUCAAGCAGAUUGACACUUCCACCCGAGCUCUGUACGAGACGACGACCCAAAACGGGACACGGCCGAUGCCUUCGCCUCAACCGGAUAUUUCAAAGCCAACUUUAACCAGUCAAGGCAUUAUCGAAUUGCCCGAAUGGUACGGCACAGACAUUGCAAGCGGCGAAGAGUCGAACAAGAGCCGGUGGCUACGGUACACAGAUUACAGAUACGGCGGAAGGCAUACCGAUCCAUCCAUUUGCUUUGCCCUUCUGGUGUUCCGUGGGAAACUCCGCGUACAGGCACUUUACGAUGAGAAGUACUUUGAGAAGGAGCGAGCGGAAGCCUACAUCAGUCGCACUGUCGAGCUUCUGACGCUGUGGCUGUCCCACGAAGAAGUAGGGACUGAGCAGAGCGAUGCUGUCUCGGGCUUUGUCGCUCGUACAAAAUUGUAG